AUGUCAUUACAGAAACCACACUUCUGUAAUUUGGAAUCUGAUUUUUCUGCUGAAAAGAAAUUUCAUUCAUCAGAAGAGAAGAUUGCUAGAGAAGGUGAGCAAGUGCAAAUAUUCUAUAAGCUGAGAAAUUAUAAAACAACUUUUGUAAGCAAAACUCAACUCUUGGUCUUUUACAGGUGUUCUUACAGGUGCGUUUUAUAAGGUAAGAACAAAAUAAACAUCAAUCCUUUAAGAAUAAUUUUUAAAGAAGCCUAUGCUUUCUUGUCAUGAUUCUUAUUUCAAAGAAAAAUUCAUAUGCAUUAUUCAGGUGUGAGUCCUUGAAGGAUUUUUCCAAUUCCUUCACAAACAAAAUUGAGGUUUUAGCUGCCAUAUAGCUCAAUCAAUGCCUAUUUAUUUUGGGACUUUCUACUUGACAUUGUACAUAGAAUUGCAUCGUUAGUGAAGUUGUGUGAAUACCUUGGCAGAUAUACAGUAAUACUGCACUUCACGUGUUUAUCUAAGGCUGCUUCUAUUUGGAGAACAUGGCAGGGAUGUUGAUCAUCAUCAUCAUCAUUUUUUUUAUGCUGCCAUUAAAAAAAAAAUCAUGCUUGAAGCAUCUUUCAACAAAGAAAACAGGUAAACAUCUCAGAAAUCAACAAUCACAGAGAACAAUUUCAUAAUAAAUUAAUUUUAAAAGGCAAGCAGAUAUAACAGCAAAAAAACCAACAUUUUCAUGCAGUAUCUAUAACAGCAUUCCAUUAACAACAUUUCACUUCCUGACCAUAGCAAAAAUAACAAGGGAGCUUGACAGUUUGACCUUGGUACUAGACAUUUCACCAUAACAUUUCUCACAGUCCAUCUCCUGCAGCAUCUUCUUCCAAGGCUUCCAAAGGCAGGAGAUGGGGAAGCUGGAGACACCUCUCCCAUGAUGUUGUUUCAGCACACUCAGCAACACAGCCACAAUGGACUUCUAGCCCAUUCUUCUACUCCACACUGCAAAUGUGGAAUUGGAGCUGUUCACACAGGCAGCAAAAGCCAACAAGCGAUUUCAGCAAUGGCGGUUGUGCCAAACCCCACACUACUUUGUCCCUUGUUUCUCCAGUUUUGCAUGCUGCACUUUUAAUAUAGCAAGAACCACAAUACAUACGACAGCUUUUUGACUGCAGUGCAGUUACGAUCUCAGGAUUUUUCACUGGUAGAUUGCGCUGCUGCAAUGACUGUUUCAUGAUGUUCAUAAGAAAUACAAUAGUAUAGUGCAGCCUUCUUCAAGCUUGGGUCCACAGAUGUUGGAUUCCAAUUCCCAUUAUCCCUGACUAUCAGCUAAAUUGCUUGGGUUUGAUGGGAGCUGUAGUCCAACAACAUGUAGGAACCCAAGAUUGAAGAAUUCUGCUGUAGUGUACUGGUUGCUAAGGAUGAUUCAGCAAGUCAACCAUGACUGCGUUUCUUUCAUACUUUUAUUGCUAGUUGUUGACUAUUUUAUAUUAAUCUGAGCCUUUUAAUUGUGUUUUAAAUCUAGACUGUUUCAUACCUUCUCUCUUGCAAUUAUUUCCCCAUCUUUUAUUGAUUCUUGUUGAUUUUAAUAAUGGUAUAUUGUAUUAUUACCAUUAUUUUGCUUGUUUCUUUGGAAGCUACCCAGGGAAUAUUUAUUGAUGGGCAGCUGUAUAAAUUCAGUAUGCACAGAUAAUCAAUUAAAGCAAACUUUCAAACAUAUAUGCUGCUAGCAGUCAUUUAAAAACAAAAAACCCUGUUGGUGCAAGUGUUGAUAGUUAUUAGCUCUGCGUCUUUGAGACACCUGGACAACUGAAUGCUGUCAUCUUUGCACUCCCUAUUAAGCUUUAUUUUGCUUUCAUUUUAGAAGUGAUCAUUUGGCUCAGACUCUAGCAGGGUCUAUCCAAGGCCUCAGAUGGUUGAAAACAUUUCAGAUUAACUGAAUUUGUAGCAUAAAUAGUGGUAAAAGACUAGAUGGACAUUGCAAUAUACAGUAGCAACAUAGCUUGAAACCUGUGCUUCCUCUUUGCUGCUCAUACAUGGAUCCUUUCUGGCCGUAUGUGCCUCAAGUCUACCAAGCCAGCUUGUCUUAUUCAGUUCUAGAAUCACACACAAAUCCUUCAGUAAACCUCUUUAGGAUUUCUACAGUCCAACAGGUGGGUCUGAGGUUAGGUAAAGGUAAAGAGACCCCUGACCAUUAGGUCCAGUCUUGACCGACUCUGGGGUUGCGGCACUCAUCUCGCUGUAUUGGCCAAGGGAGCCGGCGUACAGCUUACGGGUCAUGUGGCCAGCAUGACUAAGCCGCUUCUGGCAAAGCAGAGCAGCGCACAGAAACACCGUUUACCUUCCGCUGGAGCGGUACCUGUUUAUCUACUUGCACUUUGACGUGCUUUCGAACUGCUAGGUUGGCAGGAACAGGGAAAGAGCAACGGGAGCUCACCCUGUUGUGGGGAUUCGAACCGCCGACCUUCUGAUCGGCAAGUCCUAGGUUCUGUGGUUUAACCCACAGCGCCACCCGUGUCCCGGGUCUGAGGUUAGUUUUAGGAUUAAAACACGAAGCAUGAUUCUUUAGAAAUGAUGUUCUGCCUUACAAAUAUUGAAGUGGCUCUACUCUUUUACAGGACCAUUAUAAUGCUGCAAUGGAACAGCUGGCAGCUCUUAGCUUGUCCAAAAAUACUAGGACAUCCCAGGUAGUAUUCGUUUGCCAAAAUGUUUUAACAAUCCAGUUUACUUACUUUUGAAUUUCCAGUGUUUGUUCUGAAUUGCAUACCAACAGCAUUUUGUUUUUAAAUGUUCUGCUUAUUUCAGCUCAGCCCAAAUAGCUGCAGACAAGCACCAUAUCAUUCCUGGAGCUAUAUACAUAAUCAAGGCAACAAGGCAGUGAGCAGGUAAAGAAACGUGUUCUUAGCUUUUUAAACAAAACUGAACAGAACAGUCCAACAUAAGCAGAUAGCCACUUCUUCAUUUAGCAAAAGGAAUUGUCAACAGCUUUAGGGUGCCUGUGCACCAGCACUCCUGUGUUGCAAAUCUUUGUUACUUUGAUUUGUCUCCUGUUGUAUGGUGUCUUGAUGCUGCUGUUCUGUGCAUGCUUUUCCUGCUUCCCUUUCCUGGAAUGGGUGACUUGUUUCUUUAAAAAACCUUAAAUAACUGCAUAGAAAGCAGAACCAGUGACCCUGAUUUGAAUAAUAAUAAUAAUAAUAAUAAUAAUAAUAAUACCCUGCCCAUCUGGCUGUGUUUCCCAUAUAUAAAGGACUUGAGUUACUAUCUGUAGGAUAGUAAAGUAUUUGUUGGUUCAAGGAAAAAAUAGGUAUAAAAGGAGAAUUACCUGGAUGCCAGAAUCUAGGUUUGGGGCAGGAACUCUGGGGGGAGAGAACACCAAGAAGAGAUUUAAAAUCACAAAACAUGCAGCAAAGCAAAGCAUGGAAAUACAGGCUGUUAGACCUUUAAAAUGCCAUUGCAUAGAAUGCCAUUAGCAUAGAAAAAGACCACACGUUCAGUAAGUUUAAAAAUAGGUAUCAGCUGCAAUACCAUAUGCUUAUUAUGGGGGGCCUUCCUGCAGAAUGGAGGAAGAGGGUUGGACACUCCCUCUACCCCACAGAGCCCUGAUCCAAAUUGAAGACGACCACCACCAUCUUUUGAAAAAGACAAUGGGAGCAUAUUGCUUGUGUACUGUGUACUGCAUAUGAAACUUAAUGCACCACUGGACAAGCUACUGUGGUUAUAUGUUAUGCUUGUAUUUACAUGAAAACCAAUAAAAAUUAUUUGGGGGGAAAACAAUGGGAGCACUAAAACCUAAUUUGUUCCCAAAUGGUGCUUAAAAGUUAAAAAUUGGCUUCAUUUCCCCUGUGGUAACAGAAAUUGAUAGACUAAACCUCUGUGGAUUUUUGAAGUAUCCUAUGCUAGUAGCUUCUAUGGCUUCCAUUUGCAAGGAACUGCAUAGAACAGUUAUGGGCUGCUUGAAGUACCUUAUUGUUUGUCUAGAGCCUUCUUUUGGUCUGUCUGCUUUUGAGUGUUAAUUUGCUGAAAACAUUAAAGGCCUGCUUCAGGGUGCAUAUCAAGGCACUUUGGCUUCAAAUAUAUUUAUUUUUCUAUCCAGGAUGAGUGAUGCUGUUGGCUCUAUAAAUUGUCCACUAGAGGGGUAAUGUGAUACCAUUCCAUAUUCUUUUUCCCCUCAGAGACUUCCAUAGACGUUUGGGGGAAAUGCCGUCUAGCUCCAGUGAUGUUCCUAUAAACUUCAUCCACACUAGUAAUCCUCUGGUACAGUCUUUUAUAAAGAGAUGCCACACAGUUUCUUAUCUUGAAACCCAGAAAGCAGCUUUGGAGAACUGCAAUAGAAAUGGAGAUGGGGAUUUUUUAAAAAACGAAGCCAUUGCUUCUGCUGCUUAUCCUGCUACAGAUGGUAGUAGUGAUGACAUGCUUUCUGUAAUCAGAUCGAGUUUGAAAAGAGGAAAUGGCAGUGUAGAGGACAAGCCUUCAAUAGAAAAAGAGAUAUCUGAAAAUGAGAAAAGAAAUAAGGAGUUGCUGAAAUAUUUAAAAAACGUGAAUGUUAACCUAAAACCGGAUCCUAUAGAAGUCAAGGAAGAGGUUUCCUCUUCAUCUGAGAGUGAUACAUUUUCAUACCCUGAUUUUCUUCCCCGCCUUACAAUACCUGGGAUUUACAAAAAAUGUCCUCAUCAAAAUUUGAUGAAUGGAAAUCAUCCUUUAAUCCACCUCUCGAGGAAUCACUUUGCAAGCUAA